AACAAUUGUUUUGAGGAAUGAACCCCUCUUUAUUUCUUUUCCUUUUUUAAUUCAAGAAAAUCUAUUUAAGUAGUUGAAAUAGAAUAGAAUUUUAGAGAGAGAGACGAGAAGAAAUAGAGAGAUAAAGCAGUUAGAUUAUGCCACAGACCAGAAGUCAAAGCUUACUUUGAUUUUCAUAGAGAAUCCAAAGGCUCUUCUUACUUGAAAUCUUAAAAACCCCAUAACUUCUUCUUCUUCCAAAUACAAAAAAUAAAUACUAAGAGAAAGAAAGAAAGAAAGAAAAAAAAGUAUAUAGAUAGAAAAAUCAAGAAAAUCACAGUGGUAGAAUUUUUAUAGAUAUAGAAGAAAAGAUUGUUCUUUUCAGUUCAUUCCAAUCAGCUUAUCCAAUCUGACCCAGCUCAGAGCAAGAUCGAGGAAUUGGUGCUUCAUUUAGGGUCGAAUCUAGACAUGUUAGAAGACCAGUCCUGUUUGGUUUCAAGGGAUUGUCUGAGAGAAAGUAAUAGGGCGAAUUGCAUGAGUCAUCGCUUUGAUAGGAUUGAAGUCCAGCAUGGCAAAAGGCCAUUAGAAAAUGACCAGGAGAAUGAAAACGUGCAAUGCAAGUUUCAAAAGCAGUCUGAUGGUUUUAAACAAAUGGGAUUUGUCUUGUCCGAGGGCGAUUCUUUAGAAUCGCAAGCUCAGUGUCAUGCUGGGGAUAAUUCUGAUUCGAUCUCCCUUAUUCAUUCCAUUGGCACCGAUAAUUCCAUCAAUUGUCUUAUCCGGUGCUCUAGGUCGGCCUACGGCGCCAUAGCAUCUUUAAAUAGUAGCUUUCACUCUUUAAUUAAGAGCGGAGAACUUUAUAAAUUGCGGCGCCAAAAUGGGGUAGUUGAGCAUUGGGUUUAUUUCUCUUGCCAGUUGCUCGAGUGGGAAGCUUUUGACCCCAUUCACGUCCGUUGGAUGCAUCUGCCGAUAAUGAAUUCCAAUGAAUGCUUUAAGUUCUCUGACAAGGAAUCUUUGGCGGUUGGUACGAAGUUGCUCGUUUUUGGAAAGGAGAUUUUGGCACAUGUCAUUUAUUGUUACAGCCUAUUGACAAACACAUGGUCAUCCGGGAUGCAGAUGAAUGCGCCAAGAUGUUUGUUCGCUUCUGCCAACCUGGCGGAGAUUGCCAUUCUAGCCGGCGGUUGUGACUCACAAGGUAAAAUCUUAUGCUCAGCCGAACUUUACAAUUCGGAGUUAGGCACGUGGAAGACUUUGCCAAGCAUGAACAAGCCACGUAAAAUGUGUUCCGGAGUUUUCAUGGACGGAAAGUUUUAUGUGAUAGGCGGCAUUGGAGGAGCCGAAUCAAAGUUGUUGACAUGUGGAGAGGAGUACGAUCUGGAAAAGGAAAUGUGGACAGAAAUUCCAAACAUGUCUCCCCUGCGAGCUAACGCAUCUAGGAACGAUAUGCCUGCUACAUCCGAAGCGCCUCCUUUGGUGGCAGUUGCAAAGAAUGAAUUGUAUGCUGCUGAUUAUGCUGACAUGGAGGUUAGGAAGUACGACAAGAAAAAUAAAGCAUGGGUUACAAUAGGUCGACUGCCUGAAAGAAUAGCUUCCAUGAACGGUUGGGGUUUGGCUUUCCGUGCUUGUGGUGACAUGCUAGUUGUAAUUGGAGGGCCAAGGACUAUGGGUGAAGGUCAUAUUGAAGUGAAUUCGUGGGUACCGAGCGAAGGGCCUCCGCAAUGGAACUUGCUGGGGAGAAAGCAAUCUGGUAGCUUUGUUUAUAACUGUGCUGUCAUGGGAUGUUGAAGAUUUGAAAUUCAGGAGCCCCAUAUGUUAUACUGUGGCGGUGUUGGGUGAUGAUAGAUACAUAAUUGGUUUCUGGGGCAACAAAAUUCUUGCUAAUGGGUAAUUUAUUCCAGCUUUUUAAAAAAAAAAAAAAAAAAUCGUUUUUUUAACCGUUUCAGAGCGGGGGAGCACAAACUGGGCUCAAGAUUCAACAACAUAGUUUUCUAUGGGAAGGUCUUGAGUACAAUUUUCUUCUCCUUUCCAACUUAAGCAUCUAAAGUUCGUUUCAACUGAAUUGUCUUUUCCCGUUUUUAGUAACAUGAUAUUUCCAAAGGUGGCCAUCAAAUAGCUAGAAGUAGGUCAAAUAACAUCAGGGAACAAUACAAUGAUUGUUUAGUGUUUGCUAAAGCUUCUCUAGGAAAGUCAUAUAACUUGGUCUUUUAGGGUUUUACAAUCCUUAUUUUCUUGACUUUGCCGAGGAGAGAAAUAAGGUUCUGCGAGGUUGUUCAUUGGCAUUUUGGCUCUGUGUACUCAAUACAUUUGUUCUUGCAAUUGAUGGUCCACACAUUGAGCUUACUUUCAAGAUAAUUGGUAUCUUUGGAAAUGGAAGUACUUCGUUCCAA